UAAAUCUGCAAGUGUCUUGACAGGCAGUGAUAAAAAUAUGGCCGCCCCAAGUUUUUCCCAAAAACUGUUUUCCACCUAAUUUUCCCCGUAUUUGUGCUAUUUUAGUGAUUUAUUGCGUGUCCGUCGUCCGGAAAAGAUGGCUAUGGCCGAUGAUCUGUGGAAAUCAUGCCUCUCGUGGCUGAUCCAGUGCCGCGUUAUUCCGUCAGAUCACAAGGCAGCUUGGCCAGAUUCGGAGAUAAAAGUGCUGGCAUUGACCCUCCGCGAUGGUGUUAUUUUAUGUAAUCUCAUUAAUUUUCUCGACCCAAAUGCGCUCGAUAUGAAGGACUUUCACCGAAAGCCCCAGAUGGCACAAUUCCUCUGCUGCCAGAACAUCAAGCUCUUCCUGGAGACGUGCAAGAACCACUUCGCCCUCCGGGACUCGGACCUGUUUGAGCCGACAAUGCUUUACGACCUCACCAACUUCCAUCGGGUGCUCAUCACGUUGUCCAAGUUGUCGCAGUGUCGCAAAGUGCAGCAACUUCAUCCGAAUAUUCUGGGCUUCAACGCACAGUUGUCGCCGAGCGAGAGGAGCCACUCGGAAGAGGACAUCUACAAGGAUUUGCAUUCAACUAAUAACAAUCACGCCAAUCACGCGGAUUCUGUGGUGGCGAAUGGGGAGAAACAGGACUCGAUUGAGGAGAAGAGCACCGACACGGUGGACGAGAGUCCGGGCGCUCUCGACGAGGGCGGUGAGAGCGCUGAGAGUGAGGUGGACAAUGUCCUGUCGGCACCCAAGGAGGAAGAGGAAGACCAGGAGAACAAUGUGCAGGAAUUGUGUGGUGUCCUGUUGAACUCCCACAAUUGGUUCACGUCAAUUGCCGCGGAGCAACUCGUCGGGACGUCGCGCAAUGAGGAGAAAAUCUACGAGGAUCUCUGCUAUGUGACCUUCUCUUCCGAGAGCUUCCCUGAGGUUUCAUCUUCAACCAGCUUCGAGCAGAGGGACUUCGUUAUCAGAGAACUCGUCGACACGGAGAGCAACUAUUUGGACGUGUUGAAUGCCUUGAGGUACAAAUUCAUGCAGCCGAUGGAGAAGUUGCUAUCCAAAGAGGACAUCAAAUUGAUUUUCCCAAAAGUCAGGGAAUUGGCGGACAUUCACACGAAAUUCCUGGAGAAGCUGCGCGAGGCUGUUCAGCCGGGAGCCAAGCUGAAGCUGAGUCAGGUGUUCUUUGACUUUCGCGAGCCGUUUCUCAUUUAUGGCGAGUAUUGCUCGAAUAUGACCAACGCCACGGAUGCGCUGAGGGAUCAGACGGCGAAGAGCGAGAGCAUGCGGCAGCUUGUGAAUCAAUGCCAGAAGGAGCACAGCGAAGGGCGCGUCCAGCUGCGCGACAUCCUGUCGGUGCCGAUGCAGCGGAUUCUCAAGUAUCAUUUGCUGCUAAAGAAGCUGGUGGAUGAGACAUCUCCGACACACGAAGACUUUCGAGGCUUGGAGCGUGCCAAAGAGGCGAUGGACGACGUGGCGCAGUACAUAAAUGAGGUGAAGAGGGACUCUGAACAUCUGGUGGUGAUUCAGAAGGUACGCGAGAGCAUCAUGGACCUGGAUUUGCCCUAUGGCAAUGACUUGCAGCAGUACGGAAGGCUGCUGCUGGACGGAGAUUUGAAUAUCAAAGCGCAUGAGGAUCAGAAGACGAAGCACAGAUACGCCUUCAUCUUCGAGAAGGUCAUGAUCCUGGUGAAGACGUCCAGCACACGCAUCGGCGACGGGCAGUAUUCGUUUAGGGAGGCGCACAAUCUGCAGGAGUACCGCGUGGAGCUGUGCCACUCCAGGCGGACGCUGACGCGCGACGCGAGGCUGAGAUUCCAGCUGCUGCUGGUGCGGAAGACACAAUCCACGGCCUUUACGCUGUACAUGAAGACGGAGGCUGAGAGGAACAAGUGGAGCAAGGCUCUGCAGGACGCCAUGGACAAUCUGGAUCCGCCAGGAUGUCGCAAUACUGAUCACAAGUUCGUCAUCACGACGUUCGACGAGCCGGCGAUCUGCCGGCACUGCUCCAAGUUCCUCAAGGGACGCAUCCAUCAGGGAUACAGGUGCAAGACGUGCGAGAUUUCCGUGCACAAGGGCUGCAUCUCGUCCACGGGUCGCUGUCGCCAGGGCCCCGUGAGUCUCCCGCCGCCCGUGUGCGAUCGGCAGCUGUCUGAGUUCUACUGGUUUGUGGGCACGAUGGAUCGCGACACGGCCACGAGCAGCCUCGAGAACAGGCGCAUCGGCACCUACUUGCUGCGCGUGAGGCCGCAAGGAGCGUCCAAUCCCAAUGAGACGAUGUACGCUCUCAGUCUGAAAACUGAUAAGCAUGUGAUAAAGCACAUGAAGAUCUAUCAGAAGCGUGAUUCAGAGAGAGAUUCAGUGUCAUAUUAUCUAUCGACCAGGAGGUACUUUAAGACUAUCAUUGAGCUAGUCUCGUUCUAUGAACGAAAUGAUUUAGGGGAGAAUUUCGCUGGGCUGAAUCAGUCGCUUCAGUGGCCUUUCCGUGAAGUGAUCGCGACGGCAUUGUACGAGUUUGUGCCGGACGAACAGAACCAGUUGCCAUUGCGGAAGGGAUGCCAGGUGAUUGUGAUCGGAAAGGAGGGCGACAGCAAGGGAUGGUGGCGCGGGAAGACCAAUGAGAGGGUUGGCUUCUUCCCCAAAGAAUAUGUGCGGGAACACCCCAUGACACCGGACGGUCUAUGAUAUUUCAAUUCUCUGUCAGUCAUUGUGUGCCAAAAUUAAUAUUUCAUCCAUAUCUUCACAAGAGAAUCACCCUAAGAAAAUUGUAAUAAUUCCCUUUGUCAACUGUGGUGCAGAUCCUUUUAACACUUUCGCUGUCCUUCAAACGUAGUCAAUGGGUGUAAAAUCCGGUCGCAAUGUUCAAUGUGUGUUAAAAGUGAAACAAUUCAGUGUCUAUUUUAGAGCAGAGUUAAAGAAAAACAAGGGGAGGAAGUAUUUUUGUAAAAUGGAACAGAAAGUUGCCUAGAAGCAUUCCUUGAGAAGAUGUCGUUUUUUUUUCACCGAGUAAAACUCUCGGAGAGGCACUAAAAACAAAGUACUGAAAGCUGAUCCUGUGACUUAAGAAGGGCAAAAGAAGAAAAAAAAAUAAGCUGAAAGACAGAGGAUUUAAUAAAAUGAAAUGGAAGUGUUGAGAAAAAUUUGAGAUACAUUUUAAGGACGAAUAAUUCAAUUAUCAAAUAUACAAUAUAUACAACAUAUUCAACUAUACUUAUAUGAUAUUAUUAACUGUUAAAACAAGUAUUUAUUGCAUGUGAUUCAAUUAAUGUUAUGAAGUAAAAAACAAGAAAAAAAAGAUGAUGAGAAAUCAGUGGAAAAUCGCUCAGUUUUUCGACACAUUGAGCACAACUUUAAUCCAAUUGUAUUCCAUCUUUUUGAGACACUUUUUGUAAAACAAUUCCCUUCCAUUUCCCCUCUUUUUCGUCGUGGAAAACUGUCCUUCGGAUCCUUUGUAUGUCCUGCAUUCACGAAAAUGUUAACUUAUUGUCGAAGAGGAGAAUUUGUUGAUGAAAACCCUAAAUGAGCAAUUACAAGUGUAACUUUUCGCAUCAACCCAAACAUUUUAUAGUGCACACGAAUUUAAGAAAUUAUACCUUAUCUUGACUAUUCACACGAGAAUUUAUUGUAACGUUGUGUAUUCGUGUUUUCUAGGCGAUCGUCAAAAUUUAUAAAAUGAGAAAAAUUCACCGUCCUCGUGACAUUGAUUAACGUGAUUAGGAUGAAAAAUAUGGCAAAAUUUAUCGAAAUAUUUGUGAAAAAUUGUCCCCUUCGAAAAGGAAUUGAGAAAGAAGAGAAAAAUGUCCAUUUCGUAAAAUGUGAAUGUUUAAGUCGAGUCGAGCCGCAUUAUUAUUGUUACUUUUUAGCCACAUUUUGACACACACACACAGAAAGCACACAGGCGGAAGAAAAGCAACAGAAAGUAUUAACAAAUGGCAUAAAUGGAAGUUUUAACAGUAGAGAAGAAGGUAAAAUGGUGUUUAGUGACGAGCAGUGCAUUUAGUUUCACAUCAGAAAAUUGUUAAAUCUCUUCAAUCCUCUCUCUACGUAUUUUUAAGCAUGUAUUUUUAUUAUUCACUAGUUUUCUAGACAUGAAAUUCUGUACCUUUCUGCAAAGAGAUAAAAAUAUAAAAUAGUGCAUGUAGAGUUGUUAAAUUUUUCUUGUAUAUUUUAUUGUAUAUCUGAGAAUUUGUUUAACCGAGAGUAAAGGAGAAGAUAAUAAAGUGGAAAAGUGUAGGUAGUUGUAGGAAAUAUAUAUAUGAAAAAAGUUAUCAAAAAAGUAAGCGUAUAAAAUUGAGGAAAACCCGGGAAAAUUGUGGAAUUGAGAGAAGAGAGAAAAUAUUUUGGAGAAAUAAUUGUAUUUGGCAAGAUUUUAUCUCUUUAUUAGGAGUGAUAGUGGAGAUGAGAACAUUUUAUGCGACUGAAAUAUUACUGUAGCUAAAUGAAUAUUAAAAUAUAUUAUCGCCAAAGGAAA